CUUCAAGGAACUACAGAAACGUCAGAGCUCGUUGACACCUACGGUUCUUGUGCUACCAUACCAGUAGUUAAACACGUUUUUCUACCUAAGAAAAAUCCAUCUGCUUGUUCUCACCAGCUAUAUAUAGGUUCAUCAAGUUUCAUAUCUUCUUCUGCAUCUCAUUCCUUCACGAGUCCCAGAUUUUUCACUUGCUGCUCUUUCAAGAAGUUGCUUCAUCCCUACAAGAGAAGAAGACAGAGAUACGGUUAUAGAAGCCAUGAAACGAAGCAAAUGUCCUGACCUCAAGUUACAACUCCCUAACCGCAACGUGGCUCUCGCUGUCCCUCUCCCACUCCCUCCUCCUUCCUCCUCUUCCUCCUCCGCCGCCAAAAGUUUAUCCGAGCUAGAGAACGUGAGCCGAAUCGGAAGUGGCACCGGAGGAACGGUCUACAAAGUGAUCCACCGUCCAACUUUACGCAUCUUCGCUCUCAAAGUGAUCUACGGGCACCACGAGGACAACGUGAGGUACCAGAUAUGUAGAGAGAUCGAGAUCUUGCGAAGUGUUGACCACCCCAACGUCGUGAAAUGCCACGACAUGUUUGAAAUUGCCGGUGAGGUCCAUGUCUUGCUUGAGUUCAUGGACAAUGGGUCUCUCGAAGGUGCACGCGUGUGUCAAGAAGAUGAACUCGCUGAUCUCACGCGCCAGAUUCUCAGCGGCUUGGCUUACCUUCACGGCCGUAAAAUCGUCCACCGUGACAUCAAACCGUCGAAUCUUCUCAUAAACUCGGCCAAUAACGUCAAGAUUGCUGACUUCGGAGUGAGUCGGAUCUUGGCGCAGACCAUGGAUCCUUGCAACUCCUCUGUCGGAACCGUCGCUUACAUGAGCCCGGAGAGGAUCGACUCCGAUCAGAAUGACGGACGUUACGACGGUUGCGCCGGAGAUAUAUGGAGCCUUGGUGUUAGCAUCUUGGAGUUCUACUUGGGGAGGUUCCCUUUCGUUGUGAGUAGAGAAGGUGACUGGGCGAGUUUAAUGUGUGCUAUAUGUAUGAAUCAGCCGCCGGAAGCUCCGGCGACGGCGUCUGAGGAGUUUCGUCACUUCAUCUCUUGUUGCUUGCAGAGUGAUCCUCCUAAGAGAUGGUCUGCGCAGCAGCUUUUGCAGCAUCCUUUUAUAGUUAAAUCAAGUGGUGGUCCGAAUCUUCGUCAAAUGUUGCCGCCGCCGCCGCCUCCGGCGUCUUAGUUUUUCUUUUUUGCCUUCCUCUCCGGUGGUUGUGUUUGGUCAGGGAAGAAACUCGGUUUUAGUCUUUUGAAGCUGCUUGAACUUGUUUUGUGUUUGGGUGAUGAUAAAAUAUUUAUAUGGUUAUGAUUUGUGAAUGAAGAUGAGUUUGGCUUUGUAGUAGAUUUGUUAUUAUGAAUUAUUAUUAUCUUCCAGUUUCAUUAAUAAAAAAAGCUCAUCCUAAAGGCUCAAACUGUCUGAGGUUUUUCUGCC